AUGCUAUGUCGACUGCGCAUGCAAGCCCACAGAGCAAGAGAAGCUUACAAACAGAUCGCGAAGCAAGUGUUCGACAAUAAAAGGGCCUACUUCAGAUAUCUCGACCCUCAUGCACAGAUACAGAAGCCUGACGACAGCGCGUUAGAGAACGAAAUCAAGAGCGUGAUUCAGCAGGAGCUAGGCAGCCCGGACGAAGUACUCCUAGAUGGACGGCCCGACUCGGGCGACGUUGAAGGCACGAACAAAGCUGCCCUUAUCCGAUCUUACCAAACACGGCGCAUAACUGGACCGGAUUUGGAACCCAACAUGCCCAUAUGGCAAGCGAUGAAGGCGACCUCAGCAGCCCCACGAUAUGUGCAAUCCGAGCCAGGCGUUCCGCAACGCUUCGUGAUUGAAAAGGGUCUCGUCGACCAUGGGACUACAAAGAACAAUCCAGUCCGCGACAUCCUGUAUGAAUGCAGGAAGCUGUUCCGAUAUGCGAACGACAUGAUGAUCAUUGUCUCAGUCGGUACGGGCGUCGGCCUGAAUCGCAAAAACGAGAUUCCCGAGAUGGCGAAUAGCGUUGAGGAUAGGAAGGCUGAAGCAAGAUCGUGGGGUGAUAGAUUCGAGGCCGAACAUGCUGCGUUGAUGGAGCGCAAUUGGAUGAAGUACUUUCGGUUUGAUGUGACGGGGUUGGAGGAUGUGCCACUGGAGGAGUGGAGUCACGAAGAUCUGAUUAAGGAGAAGACUUCGGCAUACCUCGCCCAGCCAGAGGUUGGACAGAGGUUCUAUGCGUGUGUUGAUGCGAUAACGGCGCUGCUACUGAGCCCGCAGGGGAGGUAG